CAAUUCAAAUAAUCUCACAAGAUUUAGCAUCUUUUUAGCUCGACUUUUCGAGGAAACAAGAGCUGUCUCCAUAGGAUGACACAUGCCCCCGAUGGCAGAUAUGGCCGAUGUUAGAGUUUAGGACCUUUGACCUACGGACCGGGGUCUUGUGCGUGACACUUCGUAUUACUGUGCCACACAUUCAUGCAUAGUUAUUUUAAAAUCCAUGCAUGAAUGACAAAGAUAUGGACCGGACAUGCCCAUCUUUGCACUAUCAUGAAAUAUGACCUUUAACGUCUAAGUGUGACCUUGACUUUUGAGCUACGGACCUGGGUCUUGCGCGCAACACAUCGUCUUACUGUGGUACACAUUCAUGCCCAGUAAUUUUAAAAUCUAUGCAUGAAUGACAAAGAUAUGGACCGGACACGCCCAUCAAUGCACUAUCAUGAAAUAUGACCUUUAACGUCUAAGUGUGACCUUGACCUUUUAGCUACAGACCUAAGUCUUGCGCACAACACGUGACUCGUCUUACUGUGGUACACAUUCAUGCCGAGUUAUUUGAAAAUCCAUCCAUGGAUGACAAAGAUAUGGACCGGACAUGAAAAUUGCCGACAGACCAACAGACGGUUCAAAAACUAUAUGCCUCCCUUCGGGGGCAUAAAAAUAGAGCUAUGCACUUGCCCUGGCGUUGGCGUUGCUUUGUUUAAGUUUUUUUAUAAAGUCAAAUAUCUCUGUUACUAUCAAAGCUAUUGACUUGGAACUUAAAAUGGUUAUAUUUACUAUCAAAGUCUACAACAGGAGAAACAAUCCCUAUAAAAAAUCUGUAAAAAGAUAAAGCUAGACUUUGAAGAAAUAAUUUCCUGACGAUGACUUCCAUUGCAAAUUUGCCAGAUUUAAUUCCAUAUAAGGAAAUAGAGGAUGCCAGGGAAAAAAUAAAGGGACAUGUAUUACAGAUACCACUUGUACCAUUGAACAUAGAUUGGCCACAUGGAAAAAUUUAUCUCAAGUUAGAAAACCUUCAGCCGAUUGGUUGUUUCAAACUUAGGGGAGCAUGCAAUGCUAUUGCUUGUAUGGAAGAAAGUGAGAUGAAACAGGGAGUUUACACAGCCAGUGCUGGUAACUUUGCACAAGGACUUGCAUAUUGCACAAAGAAAUUUGGGAUCCCAUGUGAUGUAUUUGUUCCUGAUCAUGCCCCCUCAGCGAAAGUUGAUUCAGUGCACCGUCUGGGUGGAGAAAUUCAUAAAAUAACGUUCGAUGACUGGUGGGAAAUUAUCAAGUCACACAGAUAUAAUGGAAUGAAUGGAAAAUUUAUACACCCUGUGUCAGAUCGGUCAGUCAUAGCAGGUAAUGGUACAGCUGGACUGGAAAUAUACGAGGAUUUACCUGAUGUAGAUGCUGUGAUAGUACCAUAUGGAGGGGGCGGGUUCAGCUGUGGGAUUGCCUCUGCCUUACACCAUGUCAAACCCACCUGUAAAGUAUUUGCAAGUGAGGUAGAAACAGCAGCACCUUUAUCUGCCUCAUUUAAGGAAGGAAAACCUACCACAUGUCCUUACACUGCAUCGUUUGUGGAUGGUAUCGGGGGAAAGUCUGUUCUCGAGGAGAUGUGGCCAAUGGUCAAACACCUUUUAAGUGAUUCAUUAGUGGUCACUCUCCGAGAAACAGCUGAUGCUUUAAAGUUAUUGGCUGAGAAAAAUCAUGUGAUUGCUGAAGGUGCAGGAGCCAGUUCAGUAGCAGCAGCAUUAUCAGGAAAGGCGGGAAACGGCAACAUUGUGUGUGUUAUAUCUGGUGGAAAUAUUGAUACACCAAAAUUGGUUGAUAUAUUACAAGGCAAUAUACCAUGAAAGGAUUUUUGAGAACAGAGUGAGGUUGAUAUAACAUUUUAGAAAUUUAUUGUUACAUAGUAUGUAUUUUAGUCUUGGUUAUAUUCAGCAUGUUUAUCUUAAUUGUUACAUGCCCUAAAUUUUCCUCGUCAUAAUUACCUCUAUUACCCGACUGAGUCCUAGUCAUCAUUACCUCCAUUACCUGUCUAAGUCCUAGUCAACAUAAUUACCUCUAUUACCUAAAUGUGUCCUAGUCAUCAUUACUUUUAUUACCUAGCUAAGUCCUAGUCACCAUUAUCUCUAUUACCUGACAGGGUCCUUGUCACCUUUACCUCUAUUACCUGACUGAGUUCUGAACACCUUUACCACUGUUACCUGACUUGAGUCCUAGUCACCUUUACCUCUAUUACCUGACUGAGUCCUAGUCCCCUUUACACUAUUACCUGACAGUGACUAAGUCCUAGUCACCUUCAUGUCUAUUACCUGACUAAAUUCUAGACACCCUUACAGCUAUUACCUGACUCAAGUCCUUGUCUCCUUUACCUCUAUUACCUGGAGAUGAGUCCUAGUCAAGAUUAACUUUAUUACCUGACAGAGUCCUAGUCACCAUCACUGAGUCCUAGUUAUUUUAUAGCAUUUGUUAAAAUAAAUAUAUCGUAUUUGUAAUUGUAAUUUGUGAUUUUUAUUUUCUUAUCCAUAGCACAUUUAUGAAUGCACCUUAUAUUAUAAUGAUGUGAUAUAAGAUGUUUCUGCUGUUAGUAAGUGAUGCACAUUAAAAGUUUGAAGUUUGCUACAUAAAACCAACACUUGUUACUGGGAAGUCAGCAAGUAAAACAGCUCAUCUUGAAUGUUAAUGUCAGACACAUGUGACAUUGGCUAUUACAAUGCUUUUCAUAUAUAUAUAUCUUUACAUGUCAGACACAGGUGACAUUGGCUAUUACAAUGCCUUUCAUAUAUAUAUCUUUACAUGUCAGACACAUGUGACAUUGGCUAUUACAAUGCUUUUCAUAUAUAUAUAUAUAUAUCUUUACAUGUCAGACACAUGUGACAUUGGCUAUUACAAUGCUUUUCAUAUAUAUAUCUUUACAUGUCAGACACAUGUGACAUUGGCUAUUACAAUGCUUUUUAUAUAUGUAUAUAUUUAGAACUAAACAAUACAUUUCAUAUUUUCAAAUAAUAUUGCAAAUAAAUCAAGGUAAUUAGGCAUGAAUAAGAGUUGCUUUCUUUUUUAUCAUACAGGAUAUCUAGAUCCAGUGACACGAUU